GGGGACUCCCCGCAGACAGACCUCGCAAACCUCAGUGGUGGCCAGGGCAAUCCCGUGAUCGUCCAGGCGGUGACGCCUGGAGGACGGGCAGAGCAGAAUGGCGUCAAACCAGGUGCCGUCAUCCGAAGCAUCAAUGCCGGCACCACCUUCAGGUCCUUCCCUGCCUGGCAGGUUCGGGCAAUGCUCCACGCGCCAGUGACGGUAGAGCUGGAGCAGGACAUGGUCCUAUCUCCAGGUUCUCCGCGAUGUAAGGAGAUCCGCCUAACGCGAAAGAGCGAGUUGAAGCUCGGCAUUGCUCCCCGCAAUGGCGCCUGGAGCCACAAGGACAAUGUGCUGCUGGCAGAGGAGGUGGUUUUCAAGCCUC